UCCAAGCAGCUGCAGAAAGCACCGGUUUGUUUCUAGGGAUGGACGUCAACGGGAGACCGAGGAUGAGGAGAACGGUGCUGGCGCUCUUCCUCGCAGUACUCCAGGGGUUUCCUCCCGGGGAAACGGCCCCGAACCCGUCGCCGCUGGUCGGAUCCAACUGGGGGAACCCGAGGAGAUACAUCCACCUGCAGACGUCCACGGACCUGAAUAACUUCUACUUGGAGAUCCGACUAGAUGGGACUGUGCGCAGAACUACGCACAGGAGUUCAUAUAGUGUGAUUUUACUGAAAGCUGAAACGAGGGAGCGCGUUGCCAUCCUCGGGGUCAAAAGUAGCCGCUACUUGUGUAUGGAUGUGGAGGGAAAACCUUUCAGCUCGCCCACCUGCCUCAGGGACGACUGUCUGUUCAACCACAGGCUUCUGGAGAACCACCGGGACGUGUACUUCUCCAGCCGGACGGGCAUCCUGUUCAACCUGGAGGGGUCCCGGCAGGUGUACUCACCGGACCAGAACCUCCCGCAGACCUCCCUCUUCCUACCCAAGAGGAACACGGUGCCGCUGGCGCGCCUCCUGCUGCAUCGGGAGAAGAGGAACCAGGUGGUGGAUCCCUCUGACCCGCACAACGUCUACCUGGGUCAGACCGAAGACGGCUCGGACUCACGGGCCGCUCCGGAGGACGACGCAGAGCUGGAGGUGGAGGCGGAGACGGAGGUGGAGGCGGAGAUCGGGGACGACGUGCGCAACGUGUCCCGGGAAACGCCGGUGGCCCCGUCCACCCACGACCCGUGGAACGUGCACUCGUCCAACCCGGCCAGCCCCCAGAGCGCCGGGACCAUGGGCUGAUGUCGGGGGGGGUCACAGGGUGGGGUUUAAUUCAGUUGAACCUCGUGGUCAUAAAGGAUGUCCGUUCAGUCAUCACUCAUUUACCAAAUGAGGAGACUUAUUCCAGUUAGUUUCUUCUCACUGAGCUCCAUAUUGCUUGGAUGAGAAAUGGCAGUAAACAAAUAUUGAAACACUGUUAGAUUAUGUAAUUGCUUAGCUUGCAAACAACGCUUUAGGAACUAACAAACAGUAGGAAGAAAUCAGCUGGUUUCCCCUUUUUAUUUUCCUUCUGCUGAGGUUUUAACAGCUGGUCUGAGAAAGCCAUGUUAUCUGAAGACAGACGCCUUCCUCUGGAGGGCUGGAGGCCUCGUCUACUGAUGUGAAACCUUUACACAAUAAUAUAUAUACAUGAAUAUACCUAAGAUGUGCAUUUAAUGUUAGGUUAGGUUUGAUCUAUAUUUAUAUUUUUAUCUGAAUUAAGUAUAAGAUGAUUUUUUUUUACCUUUUCAAAACUACAGAUCACUAAAACACCGCACUGUGUGUGUGUUAGUGCUUCUGUAUUUGUACCAUCCAGCUUACUUCAUGACCUUUUACAGCCAAUCCGAACAUUUGCUAUGUGACUUUUACAGGUGCCGGGCACCACCAGCAAACAGUAAAACCAGCCCCAAAGCAUAUUUAUUUAUUUAAUUCCAUUCCUUCGUUGUUAUUUAUGGUAUUUAUAAGAACGCUUUACAGUCAAAAUGUAUAUUUUACAAAACACGGUUUGUCUUUGAAUGUAUGAGUUGGAUUUGUUGACUGCUUGGGACCAAAUAAACU